AUGGUGGACAUCCUCCUCCCGCGGCCGCUCCCGGGCGCCAUGGGGGAGCCCUCCAAAAGGCGGCCGGGGCUGGCCCUGUGCGCGGGCUGCGGGGGCCGCAUCCAGGACCCCUUCCUGCUGCGGGUGUCGCCGGACCUGGAGUGGCACGUCGCCUGCCUGAAGUGCGCCGAGUGCGGGCAGCCCCUGGACGAGACUUGCACAUGCUUCCUGCGCGACGGCAAGGCCUACUGCAAGCGGGAUUACAGCAGGCUCUUCGGCAUCAAGUGUGCCCAGUGCCGGGCGGCCUUCAGCAGCAGCGACCUGGUGAUGCGCGCCCGCGACCACGUCUACCACCUGGAGUGCUUCCGCUGCGCAGCCUGCGGCCGACAGCUCCUGCCCGGCGACCAGUUCUGCUUGCGGGAGCGAGACCUGCUCUGCCGCGCCGACCACGGGCCUCUGCCCGACGGCGCCGCCGCCCGCGGGCCGCGCAGCCCCGGGCUUCCGCCGCCCGCCGCCGCCGCACACCUCUCAGAGCCGGUGCCCGGGCGGCCACCCGCCCCGCGGCAGCCGGCGCACAAGGCAACGGAGAAGACCACCCGCGUGCGGACGGUGCUGAACGAGAAGCAGCUGCACACGCUGCGGACCUGCUACGCCGCCAACCCGCGCCCCGACGCCCUGAUGAAGGAGCAGCUGGUGGAGAUGACAGGGCUCAGCCCCCGCGUCAUCCGCGUCUGGUUCCAGAACAAGCGCUGCAAGGACAAGAAGAAGUCCAUCCUCAUGAAGCAGCUCCAGCAGCAGCAGCACAGCGACAAGACGAGCCUGCAGGGCCUCACCGGGACGCCGCUGGUGGCCGGCAGCCCCAUCCGCCACGAGAGCGCCGUUCAGGGCAGCGCCGUGGAGGUCCAGACCUACCAGCCGCCCUGGAAGGCGCUCAGCGAGUUUGCCCUGCAGAGCGACUUGGAGCAGCCCGCCGCUUUCCAGCAGCUGGUCUCCUUCUCAGAGUCUGGCUCCUUGGGCACCUCCUCCGGCAGCGACGUGACCUCGCUGUCCUCCCAGCUCCCUGACACCCCCAACAGCAUGGUGCCCAGCCCGGCCGAGACGUGA